CCGCGGCCGGUGGCGAGGUUGGGCGAGCACCGUUAGCGGGGCUGGCGCGCGGCGUCGGCCUGGCCGCCGUCAGGCCUCCCCGGUGCCCGGGGGACGGACACUCCCCGGUGGCUGACAGCCGCGGAGGCGGGAAGACGAGGGACCGUCAGCCAGCAAUCUCGUAGCUCGAUCACCCAGGAGGAGAAAUUGUAAGCGGACCAAGAGGAACGCGUUCGGUUCGGUUUGGGACGCCAUUCGCAGCUGGAAAUGGGGAAUGGACUGUCAGACCAGACUUCCAUCCUGUCCAGCCUGCCCUCCUUUCAGUCUUUUCAUAUUGUUAUUCUGGGUUUGGACUGCGCUGGGAAGACGACAGUUUUGUACAGGCUGCAGUUCAAUGAGUUUGUAAAUACCGUACCUACCAAAGGAUUUAACACGGAGAAAAUUAAAGUAACCUUGGGCAAUUCCAAGACAGUCACUUUUCACUUCUGGGACGUAGGUGGUCAAGAGAAGUUAAGGCCACUGUGGAAGUCAUAUACCCGAUGCACAGAUGGCAUCGUGUUCGUGGUGGACUCUGUCGAUGUGGAGCGAAUGGAAGAAGCCAAAACGGAACUUCAUAAAAUAACUAGGAUAUCAGAAAAUCAGGGGGUCCCUGUGCUUAUAGUCGCUAACAAGCAAGACCUGAGGAACUCGCUGUCUCUCUCAGAAAUUGAGAAAUUGUUAGCAAUGGGGGAACUGAGCUCAUCGACCCCGUGGCACCUGCAGCCCACCUGUGCAAUCAUAGGAGACGGACUAAAGGAAGGACUUGAGAAACUACACGAUAUGAUAAUUAAAAGAAGAAAAAUGUUGCGGCAACAGAAAAAGAAGAGAUGAGUGGCCGUGCCCUUCGUGUGGGUGUGGAAUGGUUUCUUAGGGCUGGUUCUGACGAGUUGAAGAGUGUAUAGCCUGGUUUGCCUGUCUGCCCUCGCGGAUGCUAUUAAAGCUUUGUUUGGUUGAACAGUCAGAUACCCAACUUUGUUGCCUUGGGGAAGAUGAGUAAAUGCAAUGCUUCUUAAAGUGGUCUCUUCUCCCUGACCCACAGAUCUUUUGGUACUACCAUUUUGGAAAGUCAAAAAAGGCUGGUAAUUGGCCAGAAAACAAUUUUGUGGAAAUAUUUGACCUGAAGUUAGUGAAAUAAAACUUUGAAGAGUGUAUGCCUAGUGGUUUGUGCUUGUAUCUUUUGGGGGAAGCCUUUGCCAAGAAAGUGCAAAAAAGGCUUUGUAAACACAAAAUGCGAGUGAAUGGAAACCUAGUGUAGAUUAUUGCGUACACACACACGCAGGUAAAUUGAUUACAGUGGGAUAAGAAGGAUUUUCUUUUGAAGAUUUGACUAGAUUUUUUUUUAGUGUUUUUCUGGAAUCAAUUUUAAUGCUAUCUCUUUAAUUCAUGACAAUGUUGAAUUGAGUUAGUCUAUAGUUAAUAAAAAUAUUUGGGGUAUAUUCCAGUGCAUGGAUUAGUUUUCCUGACAAGCAUGUUUGGGUGUGUAGUCUUUAGAAAUAACUAUAAAUCUGUCUACACAGAUUUAAAACAACAGCUUUUGGGCCUUAGAGCUAUUGUACAAAUAGUUCAUUGCUAGAACUGUCACGUGAACCUACAAACGACUCUGUCGUCUAGUGUAGUAAAUAUGAGCAUGUUGACUAAAUGCAUAUGCUUGAGUUUGUGGAUGGAGUUACGGAGAAAGUGGGGAUUCAGUCCGAGGAAGCUACUGCAAUACAGAGUCUCUAAAAUAACCUAGUGAAAAGAUGUGUGUUUUAUUACUCUUCGCUGGCUGGAAACAGAGCUUUUUUCAUAUAUUUUUGUAGCAUUUGGGGAGGGAUGGAAGCUUUCUAGUCUUCUGAUGCGCUGUGGGAUGAAUUUGUAAGAUACCUUUCGGUAUGUGUUUUGAGCUUUAAUGUUUUUAUUUAUCAGCCGAACAGGAUUUGCAGAGCUCUCUAGCUCUGAUGGUAGGAAACAGUGUUACGGCACUGCAGCUAGGAAUUCAGUGAUGAAGGGCAGAGUGGCAAAGCCAUCUCACGACAGUUAGCUGGUGCUGCUCCUACUGUAAUAAAACCAAAUGAAAUUAGGAGGAGACGAGAACUUUAAUUCUUAUCUCCAGGAAGAGCCUGAUUUUCAGUAAUCACAUAUUAGCGAAUCAGCGUAUUUCCUGGGUCUGAAGCCAGCAGCUGCUCGGUCUGCAUUCUCCAAAGGAGGUGCGCUUCGAUAGCAGGACUCAUUUUGGUUUUGAGCUUUUAAUUUCUUUUUCCAGUAACACAACUGAAUUUUUGGAACCUCGAUUCUUGUCACAAAAUGAAGUAACUCCAAGUGGAGCUGUCCUGCCAAUGUCCCGCACUAGUGGCCACCUAGCAUGUUUGCUUACAGAGCUGUGGGUAGCAAUUCCCAGGACCGGCUUGAGGCACUAGGAGAACAGUCUGGCUUUCAGUUUAAUGUAUUUCUACUGCUGCAGCUUUUAAUUAGAUGUGUAAGAAGGACUUUUGUCAGCUGGGCUAUUGAGUUUUAUAACAGUUUGGAUUUUCUCCGGUGAUUUUCACAGAGGAUUUUUUCCUCUUGUACUGAAUUAUCAGUAUCCUCUCACCAACCCGAGUCUGUGCUGGGAUAAUAAAACUUGUUUUCCUCAAUUCUCAAACAGUUUAGAUUUUUACCGAAAAUCUUCCCUUUUCUGUUCUUGCUAUACAAAGUAGUUAAGGUCAGGCAUGGUGGCACACGCCUUUAAUCCCAGCACUUGGGAGGCAGAGGCAGGUGGAUCUCUGGUUUGCAGAGUGAAUGCCAGGACAGUCAGGGCUAUGUAGAAAGGUCCUGUCUCAACCCCCCAAAAAGUAGCUUGUGUUAACCAGCUCUUGACCCUUGUUUCGUAGCUUAAGAAGUAUAUCAGCAAGUCCAUAUUUAGAGAACAGCAAAAUGGGCAUUGCAUAAAACUAUAUAUAAGCCAUUUCAAUUAAAAAUUUACAGUUUGUUAAAUUCAAAUUCUCUUAUCACCUGUUAGGGCUAUUAAUCACAUAAGCGAAUGAAUCUCUUAAUCUCAGAGUUUAGGCAUUGCUUCUGUAUCUGGGUUUUUGAUUUUGAGUUAAGGAACCCUGUUCCAAAGUAUAUUUGUCUCUUUGUGGUGUCAGGGAUGAAACCCUGGACCCUGUCUGUGAAGCAAGCAUGCUGUCGAUGAGCUGCACCGCUAGCACCUAAAGCAGAGUUCUGAAACAGUUAACUAUGUGAAAUGAGUUGGUUUAAUGUAAACUGUUAGUUGGGUUAAACAUUCUAAAUUCAAAUUACUGUAGAACAAAAAGUUUUAAAAUAUCUUUUGAUAUUUAAAGACUCCGAUAUCCAAAGUUAUGCUAUAGUGGAUUAUGAAUGUUAUAUUUUAGCCUGGAUGGAUUUAUUAGUAAUCAUAAAAUGAGGUAAAUCCCACUGAAGGCUAAAAAGUGCAGCGUUGGGCUAUGUAGAUGUAAACUGGCGCCUAGCCAUGGCUGGAUGGAAGGUGACUUAAGAACGACUAGGAGUUAGGGUUAUGGGGGAUGGUAGGCUCUCACCUACCAGGUGCAAGGCUCUGGGUUCGAUUCCUAGCGCUGCAAAGGAAAACAAAUCCAUGACAGGAUUGGUUUGUUGAGAAGAAUUUCAUUGUUCAUAAUGACCUUGAGAGAAAUCUGGUAUAAUAUUUCAGUGUUCUAUUUAAUGUAACAGUUUCAUCAUACAAAUAAUGAUUUUAGCAAUAACAAAGAUACAAAAAUGUUUCUUAUAAUAAAUUAAUGCAACUUGGAAUCUCGGGUUAGACUAUCAUUUCAAGUUCAGUUUUUUAUUGCCGGUUUUCUGCAAUAAGGUCG